AUGAAGCGCAAGGCUUUUGGAAUUUUGCUUCUGCUGAGGGCUUUGCUGGGCGCUGCCACGGCUGGCAUGGCGCCCAGGCAGACGCUCAUGCGUCCUGUCGAACCGACUGGCACCUUGGCUCAGGCCAGGAACCCGAACGUAAAUGCCCUCGAACUCGUCACUGCUGACACUCCCUGGGGCUUUGUCCCGGCUUUCACUGGUUCUCCGGCUCUUGCGCACGCGAACAUAGACGACGGACAUGAACGCGACCAUACCGACACGUGUGGCAUCAUUCAAACCAGUGGUCUGCACCGUUCGGGAGACAGCGCCACGAUCACGACCUCUAGAUGGGUCUACAUCAACUGCGUCGGCCCGGAUGACAUGUUCUGCGCCAAUGAUGGCGUCGGCUUCAUGGGAUGUUGCCACCAGCGGGAUGCUGAUGGCCCCUCGUCGACUUGCACCAAUGUGCCAACCAUGUGUCUUGAUCGCGAUGCCUCUCUGAGGGGUGCCUGUGAAGAUCAAGGCCAGAGAACGACUUGCUGCAAGUUCACGGACCGCCCCUACUGUCGCACUUUCAUGUAUCCGACUGAGACUACGAGUGGAACGACCGUUACCACCAGUAUGUUCCUCAUGCUUGGCUGCUUUGCUGAGGGUGGUGUCAUGACCAUGUACCCACCGGUGCGCCCUUCUGCGACUACUCCCCCGAAUGCAACAAUCGCCACUACAUCACAGGACAUUGGCACUGAGACCCUGGGUGCUCCUUCGCCCUCCGAGUCGACCUAUGUCUCCGGCCCGACCCCAAUUGGUACCAUCAUCGGCAGCAUUUUUGGCGCAAUCGCCUUCCUAGCCUUCAUCGGCUGCUGUAUCUGGUUCAUGGUGUAUAAGUCCCGUAGGGGGCAACAGGCGACUGCGCAACACUGCGCGCUCGAACCUCAAGUGAGGGGAGGAAACCACCAGAGUCGUGAAGGUACCCAAGACACCGCUCGCUUUCCUGACAAUGCGACUCCUUCCCCUGGCCAUGAUGGCCCAGUUCCGUCUCCUGUUCUAAUCGGUCUGGGCAGAAUGCCCCUGUCUGGCUCUCAGCCCAGCUCUCUCGCCGGAUCGGAUCCCGCUUCGCCCCAGAUAUGCUCAGAUCGUCAUGGUCACUUGGCUUCAACGAUGUCUGCUCCGAUGGUAACUGCUGUCCCGGCUGAGUCGUCAGCUGCUGCAGCUGCUAGGUCCGGGGUUCCGACGCUGCCUGAGCUCCCAGCUCACUCCCCUCUUCCGCCUAUCGGCCACCCCAAGCGCCCAGCUGAACUUGAGUAG